UCCUCGUCGCACUGAACUUCCCCUGUGAGCUGUCCCCGUGCAAGCCUCCACUGAGAGGUACAGGUUCAGUUUCUUCUUGGCUGUAGUUGUGGCAGCUGUCAUGAAGUCGCUGCUGGUGGUCGUCCUGACGGCCAGCUGUGCGUGGGGAGCGGCUUCGCGCUCCCUCCUCCCAGGCAACACGAUGGCUGCGGCAGUGGCGGCGUGUGCGUCAAUCCUGAGGACACACUCCCCGUGCAGCCACGCCACGCUGCUGCUCACUGACGGAGACAAGAAAGUGGACGCGGUGCAGGCGCCGCGAGGAGUUACCGUCUUCCAGGCGGGGGCUGAUGGCCUGAACGACAACAACACCCGCACUCACCUGAAGGAAACAGUCGACGACAUUCGGCAGAUGGGAGAGGUGCGGCACUGCCUGGUGGUGGUGGUGGUGAGUGAUGACCCAGCCUUCCUCGCCGCCUUCGCUCACCUGUCACUCACGCGUCACGCCCUUAGGUGGUCCACGAGGAUCCUUGUCCUCACUCGCCUCCCUCUCAGCCACCUUGACGGUCUGCACGGCCUUCUCUCCACCAGGAACGCCAUGCUGCUCCGAGAGGAGGAGGAAGGAGGAAUCAGCAAAGCGGAGGUGUACGUGUGGCAGCCGUACAGCGCCGCCAGCAGCAAGCCCUUGAGGGUGGCUACCUGGACCACACAGGGAGGGCUGACUCUCAAGUCCAGGAUGCCGCUCUUCCCUGAUAAGUUUUAUGUGUUCACGUCGCCACCGACCCUCUCCGUGGCAGUGGAGCUCAUACCGCACCACACGCUGGAGUGGGUCCCGGACUCCCGAGCCCCGGACGGCCGCCGCCUGGAGUACACAGGAUAUGCAGACAACGUCGUGCGUUACUUCGCCAAAGCGAUGAACUUUUCGUACAGGUACGUGGUGUCUCCUGAGAGGACCUUCGGCACCAAGCUGCCUGACGGAUCCUGGACCGGUGUGGUGGGCAUGCUGGUGCGGGAGGAGGCAGACUUCGUGCCGGGCCCCAUGAUUGUCAAUCUGGUGCGGAGGGAAGCAACAGGACACACGUCAGUGUACGCCAUGCAGAACGUGAGAAUCAUCAAUGGCCUGACUGGACUACAGGUAGACCCGUGGGGCUUCCUGCUGCCCCUCACGGCCCUGGUGUGGGCAGCCACCCUGGCGGCGCUGCUGGGGGUGCUCGCCAUUCUGAACGUGCUCUCCUCUUGUCUGCCCAGCAUUGCAGUAAGCCGUAGCAGCUUCCGCUCUGUGCGCGUCCUUCUGCAGCAAGACGUGGUGUGGCACACGGAGUGGUGGUGGUGGGAGCGUCUGGUGCUGGGGCUGUGGAUGAUGACGGUACUAGUGUUAGCAAAGAGUUAUGCCGGCAACCUCAUGUCCCUGCUGGCCGUGAGAUACAUGCCGCAGCCCUUCCAGACUCUGAGGGACGUCCUGGACCACCCGAGCGUGGUCAUGAUAUGGCAGAAAUUAUCAAGUUACGAACAGUAUAUCAGGAGUGUCGAGUCCGGAGUGUUUCGUGAGGUAGCGGAGCUGGAGAAGAAAGGUCGCCUCAAGUUCCACACACAGGCUCAGUACCUGACGAGUCUCGACAAACUGGUGCGGGCGGGCGAUCAUGCGCUUGUGGACGCGGCGAUCAGUCUCAGAAGCCUCAUUGCUCUAGACUUCUCGCAGAAAGGUCGGUGUGACUUCUACAUAUCCAGAGAUGGGUUCAUGCCGUCUCUGGCUUCCAUGUGGAGCCAGAAGACCAAUCCUCUCAUUCACGCUUUCAAUAAAAGGAUCGGGAGACUAAAUGCGCAGGGUUUGAUAUCGUACUGGAUGGAAAAUGUGCCUAACUUUACCGAGUGUGACAACAUUCCCAAGAAGAUGCUCGUCACCUCGUCCAUCUCCGCCUCCAACAUCUGGGGAGUGUUUGUGCUGCUGGGCGGGGGCGUGGUGGCCGGGCUGGCGGUGUGGUGUCUGGAGGUGCUCGUCAAGCCCUGGAAGGAGCACUGACUCCCUCUGGCAACCCCUGUGCUGCUGUCCUGCCUUCAUAUUUACCGGAAAAAAAAAAAAUGAGUAAAUAAAAUAAAUAAAUAAAUAAAUAAAUAAAAUAAAAUAAAAUAAAAUAAAUAAUCAAAUUAAAAAAUGAAUAAAUAAAUAUGUGGGUAACAAAUAAUGGAAUCCCUCAUGAAAUAAAUUAAUCUUGUUUUUGGG